UUUUUUUUUUUUUUCACUUUUUGGUACCGAGCGGAGAGGAGAUGCACACGGCACUCGAGUGAGAGUGCCUGUUUAAGAAGAGUUUGAAACCUCCCCCCAAACCAUAGCGUCAGGACUGGGGGCCAAACAGGAAGAAAGGUAUUACGGGGAAAGAAGUAAGGGGACAAUGCGAGUCCACGUGCACACCAAGUUCUGUUUCCUGUGUGUGCUCACCUUCCUCUUCCAUCCGUACAGCCGCUGCAAUGGAGAAGGGCACGGCCACCAGCACGGUGGACAUCAACAUGCCAACCACCACCACGCUCACAACGACCUGCAGAUCUCUGAUGCUCCAUAUGUGAGAGGAGGUACUCCACCUCCGGAGACAAACAUUCAUCAAGUACACUCUCCGGAGGAGGAACAACAGUUUUACAUCCAGCAGCUGUUCAGGCGCUAUGGCCACAAAGGCAGGCUAGAUUACCAGGGAUUUCAGAGUCUGCUAUUAAGCUUGGGUCUGGGAGAAGUGAAGGUGGUAAGUCUGGAUCAUGAUGAUCUUGGCCAUGACCAUGUUGCUCACCUCGAUCUAUUGGAUGUGAAGGAUGGGCUUCACACUCAUUCAACCACCAAAACAAGCCAAGGCAAGGGUCAUGGGAAUCGGCAUGGUCAUUCCCACAAUCCACAUACCGAACAGGUUCCCACAGAGUGCAGCUAUCACACUACUGCUAUCAGUCCUGCUUCGGGUGCACCUACAGGACUUGACCAUAAACAUGAUCACAGCCAUGAUCAUAAUCAUGGGCAUGAUCAUGGCAACGCAGAGGAUAGGGACCAUAAACAUUCUGAUGGAAAUGUGAAGGACACACAUGCCCACGGCCAUGAUCAUGACCACGAAAAAGAGCACAAACCUGAGCAGGUACAGUCCACCAACAAGGACCAGUCCACUCAACCUCCCAAUGAUAACGACCACAGCACUCACGAUCACAGUGAGCACGACCACAGUGAUCAUGAUCACAGUACCCACGACCACAGCGACCAUGAACAUGAGCGAAAAAUUGAGCAGGUACAGCACAGCAGUAAGGACUUGUCAUCUCAACCACACAUCGAUCAUCACCAUAGCAACCACGACCAUAAUGAUCAUGACCACAGUAAUCAUGAUCACAGUGCUCACGACCAUGACAAAGAACACAAACAUGAAAAAGUACAAGUACAGUCUAAUCAAAAGAACUUGUCUUCUCAACCUCACGGUGAUCACGCUCACAUAGAUCAUGACCACAGUAAUCACGAUCACGACCACAGUAGUCAUGAUCACAGCGGUCACGACCACAGUAGUCACGAUCACAGCAGUCACGACCACAGCGGUCACGAUCACAAUGAUCACAACCAUGAUAAAGCACAGAAAAAAGAACAGGUACAUGCAGGUUCUGAUGGCAGAGACCUGUCCUCUCAACCUCACAAUGGUCAUGACCACGUUGAUCAUGACCACAGUGAUCAUAAAGAUGACCAUGGACAUCUCCACGAAGUGCCGACAGGUACAGACUCUUCACCAAGCGACCAGGUGCAGCAGCCAUCCCAGGUCCCCCAGGGUCCACAACCAUCUUCUGCCUCGACAGAAAGCCAGACAAGGAAGCUGAAAAAGCCAAUUGGGGCCAGAGGACAGGUUGGAGAAAACAAAGACACUUCAUUGCCCGAUGACCAUGAUCAUCAACAUGGACACAGCCAUGACCACGGCCAUGGUCACAGCCAUUCUCAUAAAAGAAAGAGAGAAGCCCCAGGAAGUCAUGCACAUCCCACUCUGCCUGGCCCUGCCUCGUCUGUCAACGCAGGAGGGAAGUCUCAUCAGCAUGAGGAGUGUUUGAACCUGACUCAGCUCCUCACCUACUAUGGCCUGAAUCCAGACUCGCCCAUCUCCCCGCGUCAGUUCACCUACCUGUGUCCUGCCCUGCUCUAUCAGAUAGAUAGUCGAGUCUGCAUUCGCCAUGACCACCAGAGGGAUGUGGAGCAGGAAGCUCUUCAGACUGAAAAUUCCGUGUGGGUGUGGCUCUGGGGCUUUGUGUCCAUCACCAUCAUCAGCCUGCUUUCUCUGCUGGGAGUGGUGCUGGUACCCAUCCUCAACCAGGCCUGCUUCAAGUUCCUGCUCACCUUCCUGGUGGCGCUGGCAGUGGGCACGCUCAGUGGAGACGCGCUCCUUCAUCUGCUGCCACAUUCUCAAGGGCAACAUGACCACGAGCACGGUGGGCAAAGGGCGAGCCAGAGCACUGAUCUGGUUACUGAAUUUGAUGGAGUGUGGAAAGGCCUAACUGCGCUGGCCGGCAUCUACCUCCUCUUCAUCAUUGAGCAUUGUAUCGGCAUGUUUAAGCACUACAAAGACCACAAGGGCAAGAAGGCGAUCGAGGAGGGCAAGAUUGGCAGGAAGUUGUCAGAUCACAAGUUAAAUCGGCGCUCAGAUGCAGAGUGGCUGCAUCUGAAGCCACUCAGUGAAGGUAAGAAGUAUUUCAGACACUCAAUGUUCACAGCAGCUUUGAACCUCAGAUCGCUUCUAACUCUGCUGUCAUUUUCAGACCAUGACACCACAGUCAUCUCCUGCGACAACGGUCACAACGACACGCAGAUCACAGAGCUCCAGCCUCCCGACUCUCCCACCACCAGGACGCCCCUGGCACCCCAAAUCUCCCAACAAGAGCCCCAGUCACCCAAAAAGGAGAACGGACGCAAGGUGAAGAAGCACGGACACGGCCAUGGUCACUCGCACGGACACGGUCACUCCCAUGGAGGAAACUGUCACUCAGACCAGGAGAUGAAGGACGCCGGUAUAGCCAGCAUCGCCUGGAUGGUCAUCAUGGGUGAUGGCAUGCAUAACUUCAGUGACGGUUUGGCUAUAGGCGCAGCGUUCAGUGCAAACCUGACAGGAGGCAUCAGUACAUCAGUGGCUGUUUUCUGCCAUGAAUUACCUCAUGAGCUCGGUGACUUUGCGGUGCUGCUGAAAGCGGGGAUGUCAGUGAAGCAGGCCAUUGUCUACAAUCUGCUAUCCGCCCUCAUGGCCUACGUUGGCAUGGUGAUUGGCACAGCUGUGGGCCAGUACACGCACAAUGUCACCAGCUGGAUCUUCGCCAUCACAGCUGGCAUGUUCCUCUAUGUGGCUCUGGUGGAUAUGCUGCCAGAAAUGCUUCACGGGGACAGUGAGGACCACAAGCGCUGCCAGCUGGGACACUUUAUCCUGCAGAACCUGGGCAUGCUGACCGGGUUCGCUAUCAUGCUGCUCAUUGCCAUCUUUGAAGACCAAAUCGUUUUUGAUUUCGGCUUCGAUUAAAGAAGAGACAGGGGUGGCGGGGAAAUGUAGUAGGAGAGGGGAGAGCUGGAUGUAUCAGUAUUGUUCUUCUUGGCCUUAUCAUGCUUUGUUUGCAAUGUAACGGCCCAGUCUUGCAUGCGUUGUGAGUCUCGUUCAUGGCCUGUGCCUCCAUUCCAAACAAGCAGCGGUUAGCUUAUGCAUAUCACAUGACUGUGCCAGUGGUGUUUACACUCUGCUCCUCCGUCAGCUCCAAUCUGUCUGCUCCCCAAGAAGCAAAAAAAAAAAAAAGAGAAAGAAAAAAGGCUGAAUGAAAAAAGAGCGGGCUGCUAUCCAACCAGAAACACCUCUGCUCUGAACCAGUAAGCUCCAUCUUUUAAAAAAAAAAAGAGCUGGAAGGUGUUCCUGCAGAGAAGCAGCUGUCACGGCCCGGCAGCUCGCCGCCCAUGCAUCGUCACCUGUUGUUGUUAGUGUGUUGUUGUCCUCGUACUCCGCCCCCACGCCUCUUCAUCUCUUAUCCACCCUGUGCUGUGUCCCAUCAUCCAUGACUCGUACAUCUGUGGUGUGUGUUCCACCCGCCAUCCGUCAUAAACUUUUGAUGUGAUCACGCUGUGUACCAAACAUCCCGUGUCUCUCUGUGCCAAGCCCUGGCCACUGGAGCAGAACCACAGCUGCUCCACACACACCGUCACAGUGUCCUUAAAGAGACGUGGAGUUCAGCGCUGCUACUUUUUUUUAUUUUAUUUUUUACAUCUGAAACAAACCCUUCAGCUCCUGUGGCUUCUCCGGUCUAAAUAGAAGAGAGUGUUUUCCUGAUGCUUCGUGGGAGAUUCCCAAAAUGAUUCAGUGUUAUUAUGAUAAAACUUAAUCCAUCUUUGACUUCAGACUUAUGUUUCAGUCUAAUUAGAUUUUUGGGAUUUUUAACACUAGUUGAUGGUAAUUUCUAACACAGCUGCCAAAACUUUAGCAGUUUGGCAUUAAGGACUAAACAAUCUUUAAGAACUAGAUGUCAUAAAUGUCUGAUCACGUUUUCUUUAGGGGUUUGACAAUCUGUCGCCAAGGGAGAAACACCGUCGUUAAGUCUUUAUGCUCUCUUUCCUUUAAAAUGUGAAUUCAAAACUACUCUUACCAGUCUUCAUCAAUAAGGUGUAGUUGAGAUACAGCUAGGUGCUGCAGUGGAUAUUUAAUUACAGUGGGAGGUAGAGUUUGUAGAUUUUUUUUUAUGUACUGUAAAUACAUGCUGUCUUCAUAGUGUCAGUAGUUUAGCAAAGCUUAUCUUCUUUCCUGCUGAAUCGAUUUUUAAAGUACCUCUGUCAAGGACUCAGUGAAGCUCCUGACAAUCAGAGGGGACCAAUCAAAAGACAGACUAAAUACUGGCUGCUUUCAAACGACAGCAUUCCCUGCACUUGUAAUAGAUGUUAAACCUGCGUUGUUGAACCUUGUGAUUAUUACUUUUAUGAAUAUUUUUUACUUAUGUUUCUGAGGGUGUCUGUUGAAGUCACUGACUGACUGUGCCAAAACUGGUCUCAGUGUGGGUUUUCAGUGGCUGGUGCUUGACACUGCCCCCCCGCACCCCAACCCCUCCCUAACGCCCCGACAUUCCAUUGGCUGUUCUGCGGCUCACAUGCUAAGCUAACUAGCUUCAGCUGCUGGAGCGCACACGGGUAACGUGUGUGACUUCAUUUAUCCUGUCACUGUGUGACAUCAUCCAUCUUCUAUGUCUAAACGGGCUGUAAAUCAUCGUCAGUCACAUCGAACUCAUGUUGUUGAUCUGACUGAAUCAUGCAUGAAGCAUGAGUGAAACGGUACAGACGUUGUGCUGAGUGUAACUUUGUUUUCAUUCUUUGUACUGCAAAGUUAAAAUAUUGACAACCUUUGUUACUUUAUAAAGAAACUGUGUGAAGAUCCUCAGAGGUUCUUCAGGUGUUAUGAGCCUUUUCGAUGAUGCAGGUGUGAGAGCACAGAACUUCGCUGCGUCACUUUUUUUUUUUCUUUUAUAGGCUUUUUUUUUUCUUUGUAGGUUUAUGUUUGAUUUAGGUGCACACUAUCGUUAAACAGGACCUGAAUGUAGUUUCAAUCUGUUCUCUAAACAAGUUGUAGUUUUUUGACAUCAACUAAUUAGCUUUCUUCAAUACUCAUUUUGAUUCUUUAGUUUAUAUUUAUGUUUAGAGGUUUCUUUUUUCUAGAAACAGUAUUUUUCUCGUUGGUAUUAAUUGUUUAAUUUAAAUCAAAACGUUUAAUUAGAGUUUGACACUUAAUGAAACUACGACCCAAAUACAGCUUCUGUUUAGUUUCUUGGGUAGCAAAUUGUGUUGAAAAUGAAGGUCUCUGAUUGCACUCAUUCUCGCUUUGUUGUACGUUCAUUUGUUUAGUCAUCUGGAUAUGAAAUGCAAAAUGUGACAUCCUUGCUGUUUGCCUGUCUGUGCUUCUCCCCAUUAUGAAAAGGACAAUAAAUUCUGGAAAAA